UCUUGCCUCGGCCUCUCAUUCAUUUCCUCCAGUAGCUGCAGUGAAUGUAGAAGAGGGGAGGGGAUUGCGCGCCGUACACAUGGAGCGCUGCAGGCAGGAAGAGGGCAGUGUGCAUGGCGCGGCCGCAGCAGAACAUUCCAGGAUCCUGAUCCAUCUUCAGCAGGGAAGAGCCUUGGUAUGGAGAGCAGACCAUGCCCGCAGGAUCCGGGAGGAGCACGGGCUGGUGGGAAGCCUGGUAGGAGCGCUGGUGAGGAAGCCGAGACAGAACACCCGGCUCGGCCUGCCGCUACAACUGCUCCCUGAAGAAGCCCGGCUGCUGGUGGAAAUCGGGGCAGCACGACUGGUACAUCAUCGCUGGGCGAUCGAUGGCACCGAUGUCUCCGCCGCUGUAGAGGACAAGGAGUCCUAUGCCCAGUUCCUGCACCACAGCUAUGAAGAACAAGGGCAGCUGGCCCUGCAAGAAAAGAAGCGGACGCUGGAAAGCCUGUCAGGGCGGAUAGCGGAAGGUAGAAGCAAGAGGAAAAGACAGCGGGUUGAGCAAGAAGAACCAAUGGAGUCAUCCUCUCAAGGUCCUAUAAAAGAGCUGAUUAAUCUAGAACAGACAUUCCACUUCCCAAAGGAAGCAAUGAUGGUGCAGAUUCCUACCGCUCAUCUUCGACCUGGUAAUGAAGAAGAGGUGGACGUACAACAGGUGUCAUCUGAGUGGCCAUACACAGGCCAGAAGAAUCAUGAAGCACGCUACAAGGUUUUCAGGGAUCUUUGGCAGAAGGGAUACCACCUCACCAAUGGUGGCAAGUUUGGGGGAGAUUUUCUUGUUUAUCCAGGAGAUCCAAUGCGCUUCCAUGCACAUUAUAUCGCUAUCUGCUUUCCACAAGAUGAAAACAUUGCACUCAGUGACAUCAUCACUGCAGGACGCUUGGGCACGAAUGUUAAAAAGACAGUUUUGCUGUGCUCCUCCAGCCAAGAGGGACAAGUGAUCUACACAUCUUUACAGUGGUCAGGGUUGCAGUGAAGUACUGACACCAGACUGUUUUCUAACAAUCGUACGUGAUGACGCCAAAGUAAAGGCUCCAAACACAAAACGCUUACGUGGCUGCUGCUUGUGAAUAGAAGGCACCAGGUGAGGCGCUAGAAAGUCCUGGUGAUCCAUCAGUCCUGUGAAUGAGAUUACCCCACUGCGUCUGAUUAACAGCAAAGUGACUUUUUCUUUACCUUUACACAAGGGCCCAGAGACCAUUGUUAUUAAAGAAAAAUAAUUAAAGCUUACUACUUGAGCUGACAUUUUAAGAUAACAAAUCUAAGAGCUUUGACACUCUUCUUUGUUGUUGGAAAGACCCUAUGUACAUACAAUGCAUUUGGAAAGUCUUCAGACCCUUUUGCUUUCUUUCACAUUUUGUUAUGUUGUUACCUUGUGCUAAAAUAAAAUAAAAAAAUCAAGUUUCCGCCUA